AUGUUCACUUAUUUUGCGAUUGCCUGCGUGUUCGGAGUGGCGGCCGCGGUACCUCCGUUGGCCAUAUCUCCAUUACAAGUCGGCGUUGGCGUCAGCUCCGUGAACAUUCCCCGUUACGGCUUUAAUUACGCAGUCAACGAUCCUUUAACAGGAGACAAUAAAGCACAAACGGAACUCCGAGACGGUGAUGUAGUCAAGGGCUCAUACUCAGUCGCCGAACCUGACGGCACCAUCCGAGUCGUCGACUACGCAGCCGAUGCCGUUUCCGGAUUCAACGCUGUUGUCAAGCGGCUAGGACCGGCCGUCCACCCACAGCCGAUACUCGCGCCAGUCGCUAAACAAAUCGUUGCACCCAUCGCUCCCAUCGCACCUAUCGCCUCUAUUGCACCAAUCGCCCCUCUUGGACCCAUCGCAGCUCCAAUCGCGGCCCCAAUAUUAACCGCAGGUCCUAUAGGCCUCGGAGGACUAGGCGCAUGGGGCAGCCUCGGAUUAGGAGGUCUUGGAGAUCUCGGCCUAGGCGCGUGGAAGCACUAAAGUGUGAUUGUAACGGUUAUUGCGAUUCUUAUGGACGAUAUGAGCCUAUUCUUUUUUUCACGUUUGCAACUUUUAGUUCAUGAGUGAAAA